AUGUCUGUCGCUACUGCUCAAAAGAACCGCGAAAUGUUUGCCGUCAACAAAUCGUAUAGUGUUGAGAACGGAUAUCCAGCACGUAGACGAUCUCUUGUUGAUGAUGCACGAUUUGAAGCCGUUGUCGUCAAGCAAAAUAAACAAGCUGGAUUAGAAGAAGCAAGACAAAAAACAAAUGGUAUGUUUCCUUCUUUCAUUUCACAACAACCAAACAAACGCAUACCUAAAUUUUUCGUGAAAAUUCAGAAGAUAUUCAAAAUGUUGAACAAAUUCAACUUCAAUCAACCACCGGUAGAUUCCGAAUUGACCGAAGAAGAAAUGUUCAUACUCAAUGCGUCGUCUGAUUCUAAAAUCGAUGAUAAAACCAUUCAAAGAUCGACUCUCAUGUUAAAACUCAAGGAUGGAAUCGGUUCUUUGGCCAGAAUAUUAAAAACCAUCGAAAACUUUAAGGGUACCGUCGUACACGUUGAAUCGAGACCAUCAAACGUUUCCGGCGUUCAAUACGACGUUCUUAUUAAAGUUGAUUUGACGAGACAAUCCUUACUUUUGUUGAUUCGUUCUCUUAGACAAAGUUCUGCACUCGGUGGUGUUAGUUUGUUAACCGAUGAAAAAGUUAAUGUUAAGGAUCCAUGGUUUCCCAGGCACGCUAGGGAUCUUGACAAUUGCAAUCAUCUCAUGACUAAAUACGAACCGGAUUUGGAUAUGAAUCAUCCAGGAUUUGCUGAUAAGGUAUACAGGGAAAGAAGAAAAAUCAUUGCCGACAUCGCUUUUGCUUACAAAUACGGAGAUCCAAUACCAAGAAUCGAAUAUACCGAAAGUGAAACAUCCACAUGGACUGCAGUUUUCCACACGGUUAAAGACCUCAUGCCAAAACACGCUUGCCAAGAAUAUAGAAAAGUAUUCGCCAUGUUGGAAGAAGAUGGAAUAUUCGAAGCUAACAAAAUUCCACAACUUGAAGACAUGUCGGCUUUUUUGAAAAAACACACCGGAUUCACAUUAAGACCUGCUGCCGGAUUAUUAUCUGCCAGAGAUUUUCUUGCCAGUUUGGCAUUUAGAGUUUUCCAAAGUACCCAAUACGUUCGUCACACGUCUUCUCCAUACCACACUCCAGAACCGGACUGCAUUCAUGAACUUCUUGGACACAUGCCACUUCUUGCCGAUCCUAGUUUCGCACAAUUUUCACAAGAAAUCGGACUCGCCUCUUUGGGUGCUUCCGAUGAAGAAAUCGAAAAACUUUCAACCGUUUAUUGGUUCACCGUCGAAUUCGGUCUCUGCAAAGAAGCUGGAACCGUAAAAGCUUACGGAGCCGGUUUACUUUCCAGCUACGGAGAACUUCUUCACGCUAUUUCCGACAAACCGGAACACAGGAGUUUCGAUCCGGCUUCGACCGCCGUUCAACCUUAUCAAGAUCAAGAAUAUCAACCAAUUUACUACGUUGCCGAAAGUUUCGAAGAUGCUAAAGAAAAAUUCAGACGAUGGGUAUCGCAAAUGUCCAGACCUUUCGAAGUCAGAUUCAAUCCACACACGGAAAGAAUCGAAAUAUUAGAUUCUGUCGACAAAUUGGAAGGACUCAUGUCUCAACUUCAAUUGGAAAUGCUUCAUCUCACGAACGCAGUCAACAAAAUGAGAACCACAAUCUGUUAA